AUGUGGCGCUCACGUCACUUUAUCAUCCAAUGGAAACUCACUCGAUCAGCCAAGGCCAACGACUGCCUACCGGCUCCGAAAUUGACAAGUCGAGAUCCAUUGCUUGGGCUCGAUACCCUGAGCAUGAUCAAGACCGCUAUCAAGGAGCACCACUUUCUGGAAAAUGCGAUGGACAUCUUCCAGAGGACGGGGUCUUGGACUGUUGAGUUGAAUCUGUUCGGUCAUGUAGACAUUCGCACAGCCCAUCCUGAGAAUAUCAAGGCGAUACUUGCAACGAAUGCCAAAGAUUGGGAGAUUGGUCAUUCACGCAAGAAGUCAUUCAUACCAGUGUUCGGUCCCAAUAUCGUCACCUCGGAUGGAGAAUAUUGGCACGAGUCCCGGACAUUGUUCAGACCGACUUUCGCGCGGAAGCAACUUGGAGAUCUGGAGGAAGCCAUGGAAACCCACUUCCUACAAUUUCGUGACAUGAUACCGAACGACGGCCGUGCAUUCGACUUGAAGCCGCUAUUUUACAUGUAUUCGAUGGACAUAUCUACCGAGUUUCUCUUUGGCACAAGCACGAACACACUCUCAACAGCAGGCAAUGAUGAUGGACGCCAAUUCUCCGAAGCUUUUGACUUCAUGAUGCGCAAUGUUCAGACGGUUCAGAAGCUUGGUAUCCUCAAACGCUUGUUUCCGGACAAGGAGGUCCAAAAACAUCAACGCAUUCUCGACGAUAAUUUGGACAGUCUAAUGAAGAGGGCCAUAGGAACAUACAGUUCCGAAUCCAAAACCACUAAAUACAACGUUCUUCAUGAAAUGGUCCGAGCAUGGACGGGACAGGAUAGGCGUAUUCGGAGCGAGUCCUUUAUUCUUCUAAUGGCCGGGCGAGAUACAUCAGCAGCCGCCAUGACAACCCUGUUCUGGCAUCUGUCACGACAACCAAGUGUUUGGGCAAAGAUUCGAGAAGAAGCAUUGAAUGGACCCGAGAAGCCAUCUUAUGAUGAUCUGAGGAAUUUGAAGUAUCUCCACAACUGCGCUCGAGAAGGCCUCAGAAUCGUGAAUCCUACAAUUGACCUUACUCGUACUGCAGCUACAGAUACCAUCUUACCCAAAGGAGGCGGUCCAGACGUUCACCACCGCAAGGAUAUAUGGGGGCCGGAUGCAGACGACUUCAAACCUGAGAGAUGGGACAGUUUCAAUGCAUCCAUGUCAUGGGCUUACAACCCAUUCGGUGGCGGCGCGAGAAUCUGUCUUGGACAGCAGCUUGCUAUGACUGAGAUCCUUUACACAACAUACAAGCUGGCAAGGGAGUUCAAGAGGUGCGAAUCCGUCGACACGAUGCCGUUUCAAGAGGACGGAGCAAUCGCAAUAACGAACGAGCACGGUGCUCAAGUGAGACUCAUACGUUCCUAA